GAGUAAGCAGUUUGAGUUGUGUGGGCUCUGCUAUUCCUUUCCACGGGCGCAGUCGGUAACGGUUAGAGGUGCCAGGAGGAGGAGGGAGCCGGGAGGCUGUGUCAAUCAGAGCCAGGGGAGGUGUGACAAGGGCUGCAUCAAGAGAAACAAAGUGAUUUAACUCCUAAAUGGCAGUGAAUUGAGCAGUGAAACCUGAGAAGCAUGAAGCAUUAAGCCAAAGUUGUUUAGUUGAACUCCAAGAUGGGUAAGAAGAGUAGAGUGAAGACUCAGAAGUCUGGGAGUGGAGCCACAGCGGCCGUUUCCCCAAAAGAAAUGAUGAAUUUGAUUGGUGAACUGUUACAGAAGUGCAGCAACCCUAACUCCAUACCUGGGAAAGAGUGGGAAGAGUAUGUACAAAUCCGAAGCCUUGUGGACAGAAUCCGCAAAAAGCAGAAAGGUUUAUCUGUUAUAUUUGAUGGGAAAAGGGAAGAUUAUUUUUCUGAACUAUUAGAAUGGGCCUCUGAGAAUGGUGCAUCGACCGAUGGCUUUGAAUUAGCAGAGUUUCCAGAUGAAGGCUUCGGUUUGAAAGCUACCCGAGAAAUAAAGGCAGAAGAGUUGUUUCUUUGGGUUCCUAGAAAGUUGUUAAUGACUGUGGAAUCGGCUAAGAACUCAGUGCUGGGCUCCCUUCACUCACAAGACCGGAUUUUACAAGCCAUGGGCAAUAUCACUCUGGCAUUCCACCUGCUGUGUGAAAGAGCAGAUCCCAACUCCUUCUGGCUUCCAUACAUCAAAACUCUCCCCAGCGAGUACGACACCCCGUUGUAUUUUGAGGAGGAUGAAAUCCAGUAUCUCCAGUCCACACAAGCCAUACUUGAUGUCUUCAGCCAAUAUAAGAAUACGGCUCGGCAGUAUGCCUAUUUCUAUAAAGUUAUUCAAACCCAUCCAAAUGCCAGCAAGCUGCCGUUGAAGGAUGCCUUUACUUUUGAUGACUACAGAUGGGCAGUUUCUUCAGUCAUGACGAGACAGAAUCAGAUUCCAACUGAGGAUGGAACUCAUGUAACCCUUGCUUUAAUCCCACUCUGGGAUAUGUGCAAUCACACCAAUGGUUUGAUAACUACUGGUUACAAUUUAGAAGAUGACCGAUGUGAGUGUGUAGCAUUGCAGGACUUUAAGGCUGAGGAGCAGAUUUACAUCUUUUACGGCACCCGGUCAAAUGCUGAAUUUGUGAUCCACAAUGGCUUCUUCUUCGAAAACAAUUCACACGACCGAGUGAAAAUAAAGCUGGGCGUCAGUAAAAGCGACCGGUUGUAUGCAAUGAAGGCUGAAGUCCUAGCCAGAGCCGGCAUACCAACCUCCAGUGUAUUUGCUCUUCACAUCACAGAACCUCCAAUUUCUGCCCAAAUGCUGGCUUUCCUUCGGGUUUUCUGCAUGAGUGAGGAUGAACUGAAAGACCAUCUGAUAGGAGAACGCGCCAUUGAUAAAAUCUUUACCCUUGGGAAUUCCGAGUUUCCAGUGAGCUGGGACAAUGAGAUUAAACUAUGGACAUUCCUCGAAGCCAGAGCUUUGCUUCUAUUAAAGACCUAUAAAACCACCAUAGAGGACGAUAAACAUAUUUUGGAGCAAGAAGACCUGUCCUUUCAUGCAGCAAUGGCUGUUAAGCUAUGCCUCGUGGAAAAGGAGAUAUUGGAAAAGGCCGUAAAAAGUGCAUCUAAUAAUCGGAGGUUGUACAGUAAGAAUUUGGAGGAUAACGUUCCACUUCCAAAAUAUGAGGAGAGCAACAUUGCUUUUCUAGAAAACAAUGUGGUGGAUUCUAAACUUCCCGUGGUGCUGAGAAAUCUAGAGGACGGUGGUGCGGGAGAUCAAGAAGAGGAGCUAAAAAUAUAUGACGUCUUCACUGUCUCUUCAGUCAAUGAGAACGGCUAUAUGAACAGAAAGCACUCUCUGUCUAAUGGGACCAAGUCUGAAAUUGAGAAUGUCCCUGGAGAAAAAGACAGCAGUGUAACAGAGAACACCAAAGACCUUCUGUCUGAAAACACUGAAGAGGCAAAAGUGCAAUUGUAGCUAUCUGGACUUUACAAAGAGAAUAAAACUGGCAGAAGUUUAUGAUAUGUUCUAGCGUUGGCGUAUUUCUCUGUUAACAUUUCUGCGGAAAGAAAUUAUUGCUGCUUUUUUUUUUUUUUUUUUUCUUCUUUUUUUUUUUUAUUAUUAAUUUAAAAAGUGUAGCAUUUGUCGUUAUAGAGUAUUGGCUGACAUAGUGGAAAUUUGAAAUUUAAAAUAUCCCCAUCUCCAGUUUCUGUUUUCUAUUUAUUUAGGUAUUUUAUUUGUUUCUAAUCUAAGAUUUUCGAUUUUUUUUUUUUUAUUAUUAUUUUUUUUUUUUUUUUUUAUAUAUAUUCCUCACGUAUGUUUGUGAAGGUGAUGGACUAUACAGUUCAAAUGUGAUUUACAAAACAAACCUACAUCUUUUCUUUUUUUUUAAUAGUAGUGUUUUAUUUCUUUAGACGUUUUAAAAAUUUUAUUUGAAAGAAAAAAUAGUAUUGCUUAUUAGAAACGGAGACAGAGGUUGUUGGUUUAAUUUAAUAUAUAUGUUUAUGUACAUAUAUAAAUAUUUUAAAGCAGUCUCUCUAGACACAAUCAGUUAAUUGGCAUUCGGAGGCAUACGGGUCCACACAAUAGCUUUAGCCAGUUCAGUAUUGGAGGGCUUAGUAAUGUUUUGCAAAGAUCCUUCCGAGAUGUAAAGGCGGUCAGAUAUUCUCAGAAAGGUUGCUUCUCAAUUCUUCAGGUUUACACAAUGGCAAGAUCUUUUCAAAGCUACACCUUUUUUUUUUUUCCUGAAAUCAUAAUUAAAAGAAACAUGAAUUA